ACUGGGUUUUGCACAUUUGUAGAUUUCUUCCUGUCAGAAUUUCAUGGCAACCCUAACAGUUGUUGAGAUAUUUCAGUAGUCUGGUAGGGACCACAUCCAAGGGGCAGGCAGAUGACUUCAUGUGUUUAACCAUAUCAUUGAGUGCGGAAAGAGAUACUGAAGUAAAGGAACUGAAGGAUGAGACAUCAUAUGAUCUAUGGGUUAAAGGCUCUGGGACAGGAUGGACAAGGCAAAAGAAUUCAGAUGGAAGCUCUUUUUCUCCUCCAUUGUUACCUUCAUCUUCAUCUUCAUCUUCAUCUUCACUGUGAGACCAGCCAGGACGUACAGGCCCAUCCCAAAGCCACAUGGGCCUUUGAGCACUUGCCCCUUCCGGAUCUCUGAGCAGACCAUCACCCCUCUCAGCAAUACCAAGCACUUACUGGUGUCAGCCUACAUGGACCAGAGAGUGAAUGGCUUUGAUAUACGCAUCAUCAGCAUAUUUAGGAGAGACUCCAUCCAGACCCUUUACUGUAUUUUCUGCUGUGCAGGCCAGUUAUCAACUACAACUACGGCAACAAUUUCACCACACUCGGACAACUUUGGUUUUCCCUUCGUCACUACGGAUGUCAUGUGUCAGAUUCCUCAAAACUGCAAAGCUACACAUGUUACUCUUCUGACAGAAAGAGUGAGGGAACUUAACCAGAUUUGGCUUCCUAUAAGAAACAAUGAGAAGGAGGAGAAAAAGUUGCAGUUUAACUUCACAGUCUGUGUCUCCAAUCUGUUUGGAGACUACAACAAUGUGCUUCAGUUUGCACAGACCCUGGAGAUGUACAGGCUGCUGGGUGUGGACAGGGUGGUGAUCUAUAACACCAGCUGCGGCUCAGACCUCGACCGCCUGCUGCAGAGCUACAGCAAGGAGGGCUUCGUGGAGAUGGUUCCUUGGCCCAUCCACCAGCAUCUGAAUCCAUCUCGUGGCUGGCUCUUCUCACAGAGCGGGGGGGACGUGCACUACUUUGGCCAGCUGACGACACUUAAUGAGUGCAUUUACAGAUCCAUGGACCGGUCCCGCUAUGUCUUGCUGAACGACAUAGAUGAGAUUAUAAUGCCAUAUCAACACAACGACCUGAUGUCUCUGAUGAACAUGCUCCAACAGCAGCAUCCAAAUACAGGGGUGUUCCUCAUUGAGAACCAUAUCUUCCCCAAGAAAUAUUUUGAGCCAAGUCGGAAGUUUUUCCUGCCUCAAUGGAACGGGGUGCCAGGAGUGAAUAUUCUGGAGCACAUCUACAGGGAGGACCCCAACAGAAAUAUAUACCACCCGUACAAGAUGAUAGUUCAGCCAAGAAUGGUGGAGCAGACCUCAGUGCAUGAAGUGCUCAAGAAUUUUGGAGAACGGUACAAGGUUCCACUAGACACUUGUCGGAUCAUUCAUGUCCGCGUGGCUCUGCGGGGGGAAUUAAAGCUGGAGCAGCUCAAUGAGGACAAACGACUGUGGGACUUCAGCAAAAAACUCAUUCCCAAUGUUGACAAAGAACUGAAGAGAGCGGGGCUGCUGAGCUCAGAGGGGCAGAGCUGAUGGAUGGGAUGGACAAACAGGUUGAAUCUGACAAUGAAUGUACACCCUCACCAGCGGGGACAUUUAAUAACAUCCUGGUUAAAUCUGGGGAGGGAAUGUGAGUGUCAUUGCCAUUGUUUUCUGUUAGAAUUUAUUUUCUGAAAAGUUGUCGUAUUUUGCAUCUAAGGGCCACCAUACUACCUGCCCUCAGCAAGAACUGCCAUAAUGCUGGUGCUGAUGAAGAACUACACUGAACUGAAUGCUCAGUUGUCAGACUGGUAAACCUUUGAAGAACUGUAGAUGUACUGUGUGCUAUGAGUGUGAUUAACUGGUUGUAACCAGUUCCAACACCCUGCAUCUUUAACCUCAUUAGGUCAUUAGGAUCCAUUGUCUUUGAACCAUGAAUGUCUGUACAAAAUUGAUGAGAUGUUGAGAUAUUUCAGUCUGGACAAAAAUGGUGGACCAACAGACCGACACUGUCAUCCCUAGAGCCAUGCAAUUAGCAUGGCUUUAAAAAAAACCCAUCAAUAAUACUACUAAAAUUGUAAAAACGUUUGUGCAAUCGACCACACACAAAUAAAGAAACAUUGUUUUCUCAGGCUGCCUGUUGUGGGCUUGUGGUCCUGUCAGCAGCACAGUCAGAUGUACACUGGCAGCCUUUUAGGCUAUAGCUUGCCACUGGCACUAACCUCAAACCUACCACAUUAUUUGGGAGUCUAACCCACAUACUCCUUACAAAACAGCAUUUGAAUCACCUCGAAGUUGUUGUGCAAGUAUGUGCCACUAUGUGUAGAAUUCCUUUGUAAACGUAGUAUCUUACAAAUUAUUCUGAUAGCAUAACAGCAAGCUAGGGUUAGGUCAUCUCCAGGGUCAUGUGUCCUCUCCAGGGUGUUUGGGCUGAGAGAGUCCAAACACCUGAGCUAACUAAAAGUUCCAGAACCCAAGUGAUAAGAUAGUGAGGGGUCUGUUUUGUAUGAAACAGAUGUUCAAAUGCUUAUUUUUCUAUUUAAAUCUGCCUUAGUUGAUUAUAUAUAUUUUUUGGCCACUUGAGGCAGCGCAACAAGCUGUAAACACAACAUUGACAUAUUAUCACCUUGUUGCUGUGUCUGUCACUUAGCAUCUGACUAGGGUAGCUGCAGUUUAGGAAAGGUUCAGCUAAACUAGAAUUAGCUGGGUUCUAAAAAUGCAGCUGUAUAGCUACAAGAAAAUGGGGGGAGUAAUCAUUACUUAUAAUCACCUGAGCGCAUAUUUUUGUAUAUUUGUUUCUGGCUUAAAUAAAUCAUUUCCUUCCUUUCCAGAAUGAAUAUCCACUUUUCACUGAGAAUUGCAAACAUUAGUGGGAACAUUAUGCAAAUACAAAAAAGUGAUUUGCCUGUGAAGUUCAACUAUUCAGCCUCCUUUUCCUUUUCAUGGCUGCUUCUAAGAAAAAAAGUCUUCCAUUAAACAUUGAUCUGAAUCACGCAA